AUGAAGCUUUCUUUUCUAGUUUCUCUUCUUCUUUUGUUCCUCUUUCUAACCAAAGCUCAAGGGAUUCGCUUGGACAAAGGAUCGUUAGCCGCUCGUCAAAAUAAAUAUGAUGAAGAAAGAAAUUUGUUGAAAAGAAAUAAUAGUAGUGAUACUGAUGAGGAAACAGUUCUUUGCAAAGAUGAACAUUGCACAGGAAAGAUAAAGAAUAGGAAACUUUUUACAUCAUCAGCUUCUGCCCUUGAUGCCAAUUCAAAGACCAAAGGAAAAGUGAAGGAGUUUAAAGUAGAUAAGCAACAAGAAGAGGAUGUUCAUGAAGACCUUAUGGACAUAACUGACAUGGACUAUUCUCCAGCAAGGAGAAAGACUCCCAUACACAACUGA